CCCUCCGAUCCCCCCCAUAACCCCCCGCCCCACAACCUCCUGGUCCUCCAGCCCCUCUAUCGAUGUCCCGACUGCGGCAAAACCUUCGGCUGCCGUUCACACUUCGGCAAACACCGGCGCAGCCAAAACCAACAGCGUCCAUUUGGUUGUUGGCACCAACAAGGCAACGCCAACACUGGCACCAAUAACCUCGACCGGCAUCAAUGUGCCCAACUGGAGACCAACACGGCCAACAAGGCAUCACUAAAACCCAACAUGGCCAACAAGGCUUCACCAAAACCCAACAGGGUGAACAUGGCAUCACCAAAACCCAACAUGGCCAACAACGGCUCACCAAAACCCAAUAAGGCAUCACCAAAACCCAACAGGGUCAACAAUACAUCACCAAAACCCAACACGGCCAACAACGGCUCACCAAAACCCAACAAGGCCUCACCAGAACCCAGCAACGGCUCACCAAAACCCAACAUGGUCAACAAGGCCUCACCAGAACCCAACAUGGCCAACAACGGCUCACCAAAACCCAACAGGGCCAACAAUGCGUCACCAAAACCCAACAUGGCCAACAAUGCCUCACCAAAACCCAAUAAGGCCUCACCAGAACCCAACACGGCCAACAAGGCCUCACCAAAACCCAACACGGCCAACAAUGGCUUACUAGAACUCAACAUGGCCAACAAGACCUCACCAAAACCCAACAAGGCCUCACCAGAACCCAACAUGGCCAACAAUGGCUCACCAGAACCCAACAGGGUCAACAAGGCCUCACCAAAACCCAACAUGGCCAACAACGGCUCACCAAAACCCAAUAAGGCCUCACCAGAACCCAACAUGGCCAACAAGACCUCACCAGAACCCAACACGGACAACAAUACAUCACCAAAACCCAACAAGGCUUCACCAGAACCCAACAGGGUCAACAUGGCCUCACCAAAACCCAACAUGGCCAACAACGGCUCACCAGAACCCAACAUGGCCUCACCAGAACCCAACAUGUCCAACAAGGCCUCAUCAGAACCCACCACCACCACCAAUACUUCACCAAAACUCACCCCUCCAUCACCAAAGCCCACCCACCCCACCACCAGAUCCAUGUCAUCACCAAAACCCAACUCUAUGUCACCAAAACCAACCUCCCCAUCACCAAAACCCAACUGUACGUCACCAAAACCCACCUCUGGGUCACCAAAACCCACCCUUACAUCACCAAAACCCAACUCUCCAUUACCAAAACCCAACUCUACGUCACCAAAACCCACCCUUACAUCACCAAAACCCAACAUUAUGUCACCAAAACUCACCCCUACAUCACCAAAACCCAACUCUACAUCACCAAAACUCAACUCUACAUCGCCAAAACCGAACAUUAUGUCACCAAGACCCACCCCUACAUCACCAAAACCCAACUCUACGUCACCAAAACCCAACAUUAUGUCACCAAAACUCACCCUUACAUCACCAAAACCCAACUCUCCAUCACCAAAACCCAACUCUCCAUCACCAAAACCCACCCCUACAUCACCAAAACCCAACGUUACGUCACCAAAACCCAACUCUACAUCACCAAAACCCCCCUCCCCAUCACCACCCCCGACCCCCACCCUUAUCUCCCCCUACCAAUGCCCCGACUGCGACCGCAGCUUCCGCCGUGCCAAAGAAUUGGCCACUCACCGCCGCGCUCACACCGGGCUCUCCCCAUUCCAAUGUUCCCACUGUGGCAAGACCUUCACGUGGAGCUCCCAUUGGGAAAGGCACCGGCGGACCCACACCGGCGAGAGGCCGUACCGAUGCGCCGAGUGCGGCAAAAGCUUCGGUAGAAGCUCACACCUUUACCGGCAUCAACGCGGUCACGCCGGCGGCCGCUCUUAUAUCUGUACCUAUUGUGGGAGAAGCUUUGGUAGCACCACUCAUUUCGAGAGGCACCAAUUGACCCACGUUGGGAGGAGGCCCUAUAAAUGUACGCGGUGCCGGAAGAGUUUCGGCGACGCGCCGGCGUUGGUUCGGCAUCAACGGGGUCAUUUGGAAGAAGGGGGGUGGUCGUCAUCACCGUGGGGCCGGGGGGGGAAAAAGGGGGGUGAUGGGGGUGGGGGUAAAGGGAGGAGGUGUGGGGAUUGUGGCGUGGUGUUCUCGUGGAGCUCCCAUUGGGAAUGGCAUUGGUGCGGUGAUGGCAGCACCAGAGGGGUUGGGGUCAAUGGUGGGGACAAUGUCAAUAGGGGUGGGGUCUCCGUGGUCAACAGUGGGGUCUCCAUGGCCAAUGGUGGGGUCUCCAUGGCCAACGUUGGGGUCUCCAUGGCCAACAAUGGGGCCUCCAACAACGGUAGGGCCUCUAUCGCCAAUGGUGGGGUCUCUAUGGCCAAUAGUGGGGUCUCCAUGGCCAACGUUGGGGUCUCCAUGGUCAAUAAUGGGGUCUCCAACAAUGGUGGGGCCUCUAUCGCCAAUGGUGGGGUCUCCAUGGCCAAUGGUGGGGUCUCCAUGUCCAAUGGUGGGGCCUCCAAGAACAGUGGGGCCUCUAUUGCCAAUGGUGGGACCUCCAUCGCCGAUGCCACCAUUGGGAUCACCAUCAACGGCACCAAUGGCACCAAAAGACGGCGCUGCGGUGAUUGUGGGAAGACAUUCUAUUGCCAAUCCCAUUGGGAACAACACCGGUGCACCAACGGCAUCACCGGCACCAACGGUGGGACCUAUAUGGCCAAUGGUGGGGUCUCUAUGACCAAUGGUGGGGUCUCCAUCGCCAAUGACGGCACCAACGGCACCAAGAGACGGCGUUGUGGUGAUUGUGGGGUGAGGAUCUCAUGGAGUUCCCAUUGCCGGAACACCAAAGGCACCACCAGAACCAGUGGUGGGACCUCCAUCGCCGAUGACCCCAUAGGCAUCACCAAGAACCCCAUAGGCACCAACAACGACCCCAUAGGCACCACCAAGAACCCCAUAGGCACCACCAACGACCCCAUAGGCAUCACCAAUGAUGGACCCAAUGGCACCGAACCGAACCGCUGUGCCGACUGCGGCAAAUCCUUCUCAUGGAGCUCCUAUGGGGAGAGUCAUCGGCGCACCAACGGCACCACCAGCAUCAACGACCCCAUAGGCACCAUCAAUGACCCCAUAGACCCCAUCAACCACCCCAUAGACCCUACCAACCACUCCAUAGGUACCAACCACCCCGUUAACAUCACCGAUGACCCCAUAGAUACCAACAACCACCCCAUAGACACCAACAACCCCAUAGGCACCACAAACGACCCCAUAGACACCACCAACCACCCCAUAGACAGCACCAAUGACCCCAACCACCCCGUUGGCAUCAACCACCCCAUAGACACCACCAAUGACCCCAUAGGCAUGACCAACCACCCCAUAGGCACCACCCACCCCAUAGACCCCAUAAAGCCGUACCGCUGUGCCGACUGCGGCAAGUCUUUCUCUUGGAGCUCCCAUUGGGAACGUCACCAACGCAUCCACACCGGCGAGCGGCCGUACCAAUGCGGUGACUGCGGCAAACGUUUCGGUCGUACCUCACACCUUUACCGACACCAACGUACCCACGCCGGGGGGCGGCCCCACAUCUGUGGGGUGUGUGGGAGGAGCUUUAACAGCACCCUCCAUUUCCAACGGCACCAAAAGAGCCAUCGGCAAAACAUGGCGGCGGCGCGACGGCACGCGGCCGUGAUGGCGGUGCCGGAGGAGGAGUGAUGGGGGGUGGGUGAUGGAUGGGGGUCUCUAUGGGGUCCUAUGGGGCUUUUAUGGGGUCCUAUGGG